AUGACUGAAGACCAAGAUGCAAAAGACUCGCAGUCUGAUUCGGGCAGUAAAACCUUCAUAAAUAAGAACAAGGAUAAGAAAACAAAAACCCAACGUCCGCUAACGAAAAUAAUUCUGCGGCGUUUGCCACCUACCAUGACUGAACAAGCAUUCUUGGAGCAGGUUUCACCAAUACCUGACCAUGAUCACUUUUAUUUCGCUAAACCUGAUCCUUCUCUCGGCAACAAUCUUUAUUCCAGAGCAUAUAUAAACUUUGUUAAUGUUGAUGAUAUUUACCUGUUUAGAGAUAAAUUUGAUGGAUAUGUGUUUUUAGAUGAAAAAGGAGUAGAGUUUGUGGGUAUUGUAGAGUAUGCUCCAUUCCAAAGAAUACCUAAAAAGAAGAAGAAGAAGGAUCCAAAAUGUGGUACAAUAGAGACAGACCCAAUUUAUCAAGAAUUUGUUGAAAGUCUUAAUAAAGACCCUGAAACAGAAAAUCAACCUAAACUGGAGUUUUCAUACCCUGUUAAUGAUGUAAACGACAAAAAGGUACAAUCAACACCUUUGCUAGAGUACCUCGCUGCUCGUAAACAAGACAAGAGAGGGAGGGAUGAGCGCCGCAGAAGAGACAAUGACAAGAGAAAGAUGAGAAAUGAACGCAAAACCAAAGAAAUGACAAUCAAGAGGCCUGGUGAUAUAUCUGAAGAUGAAAACUUUAAUGACUAUAUAGAUUAUUCUCACCACAAAUAUAACCACCACAGUUUCUGGUAUGGAGAACAAAGGAUAUAUCAUAAGAGCAAAGGAAAGUGUGGAGUGGUUAAAACAGAGUUGAAAACUACUCACGGAUCUGAUGAGUUCAUUAGUACAGAUUCUGACUUUGAUAGUCAUUUUCCUGCUCUAUCAACUAAAACACAUAAUACUUUCACAUUAACUUCUGGUAAAUUUUGUGAUAAAAAAGAGACGCAAGAAGGUAGUCAAAAAAGUGGUGGUGAUACUUGUUUCAAGGAGGAAGAUACUGGUGAUGGUGAAGUAAAAAAAAUCAAAUCUAGAGAAUGGGAAAAAGAUGGCAAAGAUGACCAGGUAAAGUCAGAUAGUAAAGAUGGAUCUGUUUUUGAAUCUAAGACAUAUAGAGAACAACGUAAGGCAGGAAUUAACAUAUUAGGGGAGAAAAAGAAAAAAACUGAUAAUGAUAAAAAAGAAAAAGACGAUGAUCAAGGUGAUGACUCUGAUAAAGGAUAUAAAAAAGAUAAACGUGAUAAGUUCAAGGAGUCCCCUCGCGAACCGAAGAGUAAAAAAUAUAGUGAUACUAGGAAGGAAAGAAUCAAACAAAGCGAAUUUGUAAAGACAGACAAACAAUCGACUAUAAAUAAAAUCAUAUCAACAGACAGUAAAGUAAAGUCAAUGAGUCAUGAUGACAUUAAACCGUUUACUCAGCUUCCGCAUGUCAAAACCGAUGAUUACACAAAAAUUAUAGAUGGUAUGGAUAAGAAAAAAUUGGAAGAAUCUUUCAAAGAUGGGAAAGUAAAAGAUUUCAAUGACGAAACCUUUACCAAAAUUACUUCUGUUGGCGUUUCGAAGAUGAGAAGGAGCAGCUUGGAAUCUGGCGAAGUGCCCAUUAAGGAUGAGUACCUCUUGAAAAGGCAGAAAUCGCUUGAUGAUAGGGGAAAGUCCAGUGAAAGAGAAGAAUCUGAAGAAAAAGAUAAAAGUGACAGCGACCGUCGUACAGAACGGAGAAUCAGAAAUAAGGAUCGUCCAAGCCUUGUAAUCUAUCAGCCGGGCAUGGGGAAGUUCAGUAAACAACGCCUAGCUAAGGAGAAAGAAACACAGCCUCCAACUAAAUCUAUUAGUGAUAGUGAAAAGAAAGACACCUGA